CCCCCCACCCGCCCCCGCCUCUCCUGUCACCAACAACCGCAAGACCACCCGCAGCAUGUCCGGCGACUCGACAGCCAGCACCGGCUCGGCCCAAGCAACCGGCCGCAACGCAGCCAAGCGGGCAGCGCACAACAUCAUCGAGAAGCGGUACCGCACCAACAUGAACGCCAAGUUCGUGGCCCUCGAGAAGGCGAUGUGCGGGGGCGUCCAGAAGCCCACCAAGGGCGGCUCGGCGUCGCUGAAGAAGUCGGAGAUCCUGACCAAUGCCAUCGCCUUCAUGCAAGAACUGCAGGAGGAAAACAAGGCCCUCCAGAAGGAGCUGGUCAUGGUGAAACAGAGCAUGGUCCCGGCUGGCAUGUGGCGACAUAAGGCAGAGUACCAUGCUUGAGCAUAGAGCAUAGAGCAUAUUGCCAUGCAUGUCUCCUCGCCCUUUAUGACCGUCACGUAUCUUGUAUAAUAUUAUGAAUUUUUCCUUUGUUCCUUUUUUUUUUGUCACUUUGUCUGGGUCUGGCCCUCUCCUGUCGGGCGGCGAACGGCGG